CAGCACGAGUUACAUCAUCGAGCCGCUGGCCAAUCAGACAGAGCCGUGGGGCAGCCACACCCUCUUCCGUGCCGAGACUCUGAAGCUGCCUGCAGGGACCUGCUAUCAUCACCGUGGCAACCAGAGUGAAGCUAAGCAACUGAGAGAGCUGAUUGGUGGAAUGGCUCGUUCACACGAUAGCAUCAGGGAGCGGAGGGACAUCAGCCGGAACAUGAAAUACGUGGAGCUGCUAUUGGUGGCCGACCACGCCGAGUUUGUGAAACGGGGCCAGGACAGAGAGAAAGUAAAGAUGACACUGAUGGAAGCUGCAAACUACGUAGACAAGUUUUAUAAGCCCCUGGGAGUGCGUAUCGCGGUGACGGGUCUGGAGGUGUGGAACGAUGCGGAUCGGAUCAGUGUGUCUGAGAACCCCUUCACCACGCUGGGCGCCUUCCUGUCCUGGAGACGCAAGCAGCUGCCACACCUGGCCAAUGACAACGCUCAGCUCAUCAGUGUGGUGUGUGUUCAGGGGCCGGCCAUUGGAUUGGCUCCACUGAAGGCCAUGUGUUCUGAAUACCAAUCAGGAGGAGUCAACUCAGAUCACUCUGAGAGUGUGUUUGGCGUGGCUGCUACACUGGCUCAUGAGCUGGGGCAUAACUUCGGCAUGAGCCACGACAGCCCAGGAUGCUGCCAGGAGAAUCCAGACAACGGGGGCUGCAUCAUGGCUGCUGCCACAGGGUCUCCGUUCCCCCGUGUGUUUAACACGUGUAAUCAGCGGGAGCUGCAGCACUACCUGAGUUCUGGGGGGGGCAAGUGUCUGUCCAACCCCCCCAGCCCAAGAUCACGCGUGGGGGGGGCGCACUGUGGAGACGGAUACCUGGACGAGGGGGAGGAGUGUGACUGCGGACAGGAGGAGGAGUGUUUGAGUGCUUGCUGUAAUGCUGCUAACUGCACUCUGAAGGCAGGAGCUGAAUGUGCUCACGGAGUCUGCUGUCACAACUGCAAGCUGAGGCGGCCAGGUGAGGUGUGUCGGCCCACUGCAGGGUCAUGUGAUCUGCCAGAGUUCUGUGACGGCACCUCGGAGGCGUGUCCAGAUAACCACUUCCUAUUGGACGGCUCAGAGUGUGCAGGCGGGGCUUACUGCUACACGGGGAUGUGCCUUACGCUGCAGCAGCAGUGUGUGUCACUGUGGGGCAGUGGUGCCCGUGUUGCCCCAGAGGUGUGUUUCACUGAGGUGAACAGAGCUGGAGAUCAGUAUGGGAACUGUGGCAAAGACCUGCAAGGAAACUACAGAAGGUGCAGCCACAGAGAUGCCGUUUGCGGUAAGAUCCAGUGUGUGUCUGGGUUCGGCGCGUCCGGUGGGCAGUAA